AUGGUUCAACAGUACCAGUCGCCCGUACGGGUCUACAAGCACCCAUUUGCACUUGUUAUGCUGGCGUACGAGAAAAGAUUCCCCACGUGUCCACAAAUUCCUGUUUUUGUCGGAUGCGAUGUUACGAAAGAUGAAGAAAGCCAAGGAGGAGCAAUUAGAACCACUGAAAGACGAUGUAAACUCAAUGUUGAAGCCCCUUAUAUUUUGAAGAAGAUAAUUGGAGUCGAUUACGUCUAUUUUAUACAAAAAAAUGUCCUAGACAGACGUAAUAGCAUUUUAGAAAUAGAAGCGUGGAAUGAAAGUUUUUCAUCCCGUGUUACAGUUAUUGAGAAAUGCCGAUAUUUUAUACACCCAGAAAACAGUGAGUGGACAUGCUUCGAGCAAACAGCGAGUUUGGAUAUAAAAAACUUCUUUGGAUUUGAAAAUUCAAUGGAAAAGUUAGCCAUGAAGCAAUACGCUCAAAAUAUAGCCAAGGGUAAGGAAAUAAUUGAAUAUUUUAUUAAUGAGCUAAAAGAACAAGGGGUAACAUACGUAGCGCCGUGGGUUGACCCUGAAAAAAACCCUCCGAAAGAUGAAAAAACGAUCGAGACUGAAGAAAGCAACGAUCAAAAUGAUGUUGAGACAGAAACAAAAUUACCAGUCAACAAAGAAAUAAAGUUAUCUUCUGAUUACAUAGAGAGAUAUUUAGGUAAACUAGAUUUAAUGCAGGAAAGUAAACUAUUACAACUACGUCAAAGUAUACAAGAAUUACGAGGUGCAUCGGUGCCAAAUGACGCUACAUUGUUGCGGUUUUUACGGGCCCGUGAAUUUAUGGUUGAUAAAGCUAAAGAAAUGUUGACACAGUCGCUUCAUUGGCGUAAAAAAUAUCAAAUUGACAAAUUACUGGAUGAGUAUGAGGCUCCGCGCGUCGUAAAGGAUUACUUUCCUGGUGGAUGGCAUCAUUGUGACAAAGAUGGUCGUCCGCUUUACAUUUUAAGACUUGGACAAAUGGACGUCAAAGGUUUACUGAAAUCGAUCGGGGAAGAUGAAUUAUUGCUGUUGGCUUUACAUAUUUGUGAAGAAGGGUUGUCGCUAAUGGAAGAGGCUACUACUGUACUAGGACAUCCAGUGUCUCAGUGGUGUUUACUUAUCGAUCUCGAAGGAUUAAAUAUGCAUGAAAAUACAAGAAAUAAAUUUAUAUUUUACUGUGGAACUGACUACCAAGAACAAAAUGAAGGAGGAUUAACGGAUUAUAUUGACGCUGAAUAUAUUCCCGAUUUUCUUGGUGGGCCAUCUGAGACUUAUGUUAUGGAAGGCGGAGUUGUGCCCAAGAGUUUGUACAGAUUGGAUUUGGAAGCAGCUUCAAAUGACCAUGAACACAGUUUGUAUCAUUCUAUAAGUUUAGCACACGGUCAAGUUCAUCAUGUUGCUAUCAACACUAAUGAUCCGGGUGCUGUACUCACUUGGGACUUUGAUGUUAUGCGUCACAAUGUUAUCUUCACUGUUUUACACGAAAAACAAGAUGCUACUAAUAUCAAUGAGUCAUUAGAAAUAACAGCAGCUGAUUCGGAUGCAUUGAAAGAGUGGAAAGACGUACUACCAUCUGCGCAUUAUAGGGGAUCAAUGAUGAGCCUUCAGUCGGCUGUAAGUGGACGCUCUGUUGCGAGUUCCUCUCUGUCCAGAUGA